AUGGCCCAGGAGGAGGGUGGGUGCCUGCCCGAGGUGCGGGCGCGGGUCGGGGCCGCGCAUGGCAUCCCCGAACUGGCCCCAAAGCUCCACUUCUAUGACCGGACUCCUCACUACGACCAGGAUGUGGCCACCCUGCAGUACCAUGCCCCCCGCCUCGCAGGCCUCACACAAACCCUUCCAGGCCUGCCCCACAGUGCCCUGAUCCUGGACGUGGCCUGCGGCACAGGCCUAGUGGCUGCCGAGCUGCGGGCUCGAGGCUUCCUCCAGCUACAUGGGGUGAAUGGGAGCCUAGGGAUGCUGGAACAGGCUGGGGCCCGCGGCCUCUAUCAGCACCUCAGCCUCUGCACCCUGGGCCAGGAGCCUCUGCCUGGCCCCGAAGGGACCUUCGACAUGGUACUGAUAGUUGGCGCCCCCAGUGAUGGCCAGGUGCCCUGCAAUGCGAUACCUGAGCUCCUAUGUGUCACCAAGCCAGGCCCAGCAGAGACUGUGGCUAAGCCUGGGCAGGUCUGGACAGGCAUCCAGGGGAGCCCUGAAGGCUGA